AGAGAGCUUUGCAGCAAUCGGAUGCCAUUUUGCCGAGAAGCGCUUAGCUAAGCAUUGGAAGUGAUAAGGGGCACUUAUUGAAACGAAAACAACGAAACCUAUGGGCUGGAGGACAUGGAAGUGCCGGCUACUUUUGCUGACGGUGCUGGUGAUCGUAGUGUCCUGUGGAUGGGCCGAGGAUACAGGACCCUCUGGAACCAAGCAGCCGGAGUGCAACUUGAACGUCUCCAAUAUCCGGGUCGGUGACAUCCGAGAGGUGUCCUGCCACUGCCCCGGCUAUGUGGGAAAGAACCUGACCAUCGAGGAGCAGGGCAAGAAGUUCCUGGUGGACUCCCUCAACGGCACCGCGCUGUACAGGAGUCCCAGUGUCACACGACAGGCCUCUGAGCAGCGGUACAUGUGCCUCGCGGACGGGAUUGCGGUGACCUCCGAAGUGGUCAAUGUGUAUCCCUGGCUGAACGUGACGGAUCUCGUCUGCCGCUACCAGGGUAGCAUGUUCAAAUGCCGCUUCACAGCGCUGGAGUUGCGAGCCUUCGCCGAGGAUACCCACUACCAAAUGUCGCGGUACUCUGACAAGCCGGUUGACUGCCACAAGACCAAACUGGAUGCGAGCAGAGCAGAGCAAGUGCUGUGCGAUGUGCCCACCGCUCCAAACCUCCCUCCCGAUGGAGAUUUCACUGUGAUCAUGAGCGAUAGCUUUGGGCGCCAGACGCAGGUCAUCCAUCGAUCUGAGUGGCAGGUGAAAGUGCUGGACUUUCCAGUGGCAGUGCCUAUCGCUGACCACACCAUGAAACCCAACCACACCUGCUAUGUGUGGAACGAACCGAACAUCCAAGGCGAUCGCAUGGUGGAGUGGAAUGUGGUGUUGCGCCACGAGAAUGCCAGCCUAUCGAAGAAUUUCACGCACUUGCAGUGCCGGACAGUCAGCUUGGUGAAUCAUGUAUGCUUUGAAAACCCACCCGAAGGCGAUCAGACGUUCUACGUGAGUUUCAGGCGCCGCAUCAACAAUUCCGAGGCGAUUUGGUCGGAUUUCUGGAGUCCCGAAAUCAAUCUGACAACGCCCGUAAUGCUGCCCGUCCGCCCGCCGCAGUUUCGGCCCCCUGGGUUCUCUUACGAUCCCAAAAAGGAAGAGCUGAAGGUCUACUGGGAGCAGCUGAGUAAUGUGGAAUUCAACGGACCCAAACGAAAGUGCCUAGUGAGGAGCAGCAAUGGCAAAGUGAACAUCAUCACCAACAGUUCCGCGCUCCUCAAGAAGUGGGAUGAUGAAAAACCGGGCACGGUGAAUGUGUGGAGCCAGAACGUCCUUGGGAAAUCGCAGGACAGCAGCCUGCUGGAAGUGCCCAAGCUAAGCAACCUCACGGAUCGACGGAUUACCCGAUAUAGUUACAACAAAACCAGCUACAUCCUCACCUGGAACGAGCCGACGGAGACGAGGAACCUGCAUGGCUACAUUGUCUACUGGUGCCAAUUCUCUGGAGUUGUUCAAGACGAUUGUGAUGACGAUUCCAUUUCGACCAAUUUCACCCUGGAGCCGAGGUAUAAUUUCUCCGGAAAGGUGCCGGCUCCUUGGUUCCGGAGGGGCGUGUCAGCCAACUAUAAUGACAGCAUAAGUGGCGGCAUUGUGUGGCUGCCAGGUGAGCACGAAGCCCCCGCGGAGCAGUCCGCCGCCCUGCGGUUUGUGGAGGGCAUCAUCGCCCUGCUGGUGCUCGGUGUGAUCUUCCUCGUGGUCCGGAAGAUGCGGAAAAUGUCUGACAUUCGCGUGGAAAUGCCGGACAUGAGUUGCGACAUCGAGUCCUAUGAAACCAAGGAACCCACUCGGCCACGCUAUCCGGCCAUAAUUCCCGGCGAAAAAUUCUACGAGGGAAAACUGGAGAGCGUAAUAUUCGAGUGUCCCCAUGAAGAACCUUACAUAGAGCUCCAGCCGAUGCCAAGGGCACCGUCCGCACCCCAGGCACCCCAGGUGGAUCAGUAUGUGACCAUGAACACCGUGACCGCUCCCGGCUGCGAUGGGUACAUCAAGCCACCGCCUAUGCGGUGACCGGGACUUGCACCACUCUUGCCAUCCUGUGAUUCCACUGUAAAUAUUCCAGGGUCGCAAUGGGUCAUUAACUCAGCAUCAAUCCCACUGAUUCAGAAUCUCCUCGCAUACACAUUUUUGUAUUAUAAUUGUAGUCAGAAUUUUGCAACCCAGUGAAGAAGUCUUUUACUCGUAGAGCAAAAGGGUAUAUUGUACGUAAAAGGUAGACCCUAUGUAGUAUAUAUAUAUCAGGAUCAUCAGCCUAGUCGAUAUAUCCAUUUCGGAAACUAUAAAAGCUAGAGAGUUAGGAUUUCACAUUCAAAUUCCUUAGCUUCUGGUUCAGCGCAAGUGCUCGAGAUUAAAAGUUACUUAAUACCCAGAAAAAUUAAUAAUACAGCUAGAGAGUUCAAAUGUAGGUAUAUUUUAGUAGUGCCUAAGAAGCCCACGCCCACUCUAACGCUCAUAACGCUAAGUUCUAAAAUUAGACAUUCAGAUUCUGAAUUAAUAAUUUUCGCUUUGUUUGGGCUUUGCUUUUAUUGUUUGCUACAGAUUUUUUAAAAAGGUAAAGCCGAAGCAAAUGUUUUUUUUUUUAUCACAUCACUUCAAACACUGCCUAUGUAGGUACAUAUGUAUAUAUUUAUACUCCCAAUCAGCAUCGCAUUUGGGGAAACUAUACAUUAUUAUCCGGAGAAUGAUCGGCCAUAUGGUCGCUUAGCUCCAUUUGGUUGCCUUUGAU